AUGUCAUCAAACAGUUUAGACACUCCUCCCUCCGGUCAAUAUCGAAUCAAUGACAACUAUGUGAUUGAUUACGACGGUCGUCUCGAUCAUGCUCCCGGGACUAGCUAUGGCACCUACCUGGACGGCUCAAAUGAAGGCCUUGAGCAUCUGGAGGAUUACCAAGAGGGCAGUUAUCAUCCCGUGCAUAUCGGGGAUUCCCUUGGUCCUUCGGAUCGCUAUAAAAUCAUUCAAAAGCUCGGCCAUGGUGGCUUUGGUACAGUCUGGCUCUGUCGAGACCUGGUGGACGCUCGCUAUGUUGCGCUCAAAGUCAUGGCCAGCGACUUGAACUCGGAUGAGGUUCUUGACUUCACUCUGGCGGAACUGGACCGCUCUAUCCCCGGCUCCCAGUAUAUCGCGACCCCUUUAGGUCAUUUCACAAUACAAGGGCCAAAUGGAACCCACCAAUGUCUGGUUCUUCCGCCUCUUGGACCGCGUGUGUCACCAGAUUUAUGGAUGCGGUUGGAAAAGGAUCCCGGAAUGGCACUACGGAAAUUCUCCCACCAAACUACACAAGCAUUGGACUUCUUGCACAAGAACCAUAUAUGCCAUGGAGACUUUCGCCCGUCCAAUAUUUUGGUCAAACUCGCAAACAUAGACCAUCUGUCCGAGCACGAGCUGCUGUCUCAAAUAGGCCAACCUGCACAAAUCACUGUGAAAACAGAAUCAGGAGAGGAGAUCCCUUCAUCUUGCCCGAAAUACCUUGUACAGCCAGCGGACAUCACUCGUCUCGGGAAUGAAUUUUUGACAGACGAAAUCUGCAUCAUUGACUUCGGCGAGUCUUACAAGUUCUCAUCGCCACCGGAAGAUCUUGGUAUCCCAGAAAACUACCUUCCGCCAGACGUCCUGCUGGAACUACCUGACGCAAUUGGCCCGGCGUGCGAUUUGUGGGCUCUUGGCUGCACAUUGUUCGAGAUUCGAGAGCAGCUACCACUCUUCUACAUGAUCUAUGACAAGGAUGAAUUGUUGUCAGAGAUGGUCAGAUUCUUUGGUAAGCUUCCAGAUGAUUGGUGGGCUAAGUGGGAGGCGCGCGAGGACUACUUUAACCACGACGGAAAGUGGCUCCGGGAAGAAGAAGACUGGUCGCUUGAGGUAGCGCUGAGUAAGCCAAUAGAGAUCUUUGAAAUGGGCAACAAGGGCAACAAGGGGCCUACAAAGUCGCUGCAAACUCCAGAGUGUGAGCAGAAGUUGCUGGCAGAUCUGCUGUAUCAGGUCUUCCAGUAUGACCCUCGCAAACGGAUAAGCGCAGAGGAGGUACUCAGACAUGAAUGGUUCAAGCUAUGA